AGCUCAGCUGAACAGGAGCGAUCUGUAAAGAGAGCAAAAACAGUCUGACCUGAUUUACUCCACUAAGGUGUAAAUUCAUCACAGUUAAUAAUCUACUCUACACCUACAGUUACGUCUAAUCCAACAUGUCGUCUGCAAAAGGAGUUGCUAUUGGGAUUGACCUGGGCACCACCUACUCCUGUGUGGGGGUCUUUCAGCAUGGAAAAGUGGAGAUCAUCGCCAAUGACCAGGGAAACAGAACAACACCCAGCUAUGUUGCCUUCACAGACACUGAGAGGCUCAUUGGAGAUGCAGCUAAAAACCAGGUGGCCAUGAACCCCAACAACACCGUGUUUGACGCCAAGAGGCUGAUCGGUAGAAAGUUUGAUGACCCAGUUGUGCAGUCUGACAUGAAGCACUGGUCUUUCCAAGUCAUCAGUGAUGGAGGAAAGCCGAAAGUUCAAGUUGAAUACAAAGGAGAAAGCAAGACAUUUUAUCCUGAAGAGUUAUGGACUUCACAGCUGCUGACAUUUACUGUGUGUCAGUUUGAAGUUCCACCUGCGGAGUGA